AUGGCAGAGAGAGUUGUUAAUGAAAAAAAUGGCCAGUGUGACAAUCUCAGAACAUCGCUUCCGGUUCCUAUGUUUUCGCGCAAUGACUUCAACAUCUGGUCAGUACUAAAGAAUUGUAUCGGAAAGGAACUUAGCAAAAUCACAAUGCCGGUUGUGUUUAAUGAACCGCUAAGCUUUUUGCAGCGUAUGACCGAGUACAUGGAGUAUGCAAAACUGCUACGAGUGGCUUCCGAGCAGGCGACUCCACUGGAACGAUUGAAGUACGUCUCCGCGUUCGCGGUCUCUGCGCUGGCCUCCAACUGGGAGCGCCUUGGGAAGCCGUUCAAUCCGUUGCUGGGUGAAACGUACGAACUCACGCGCCCUGAGUUUCGUAUCAUAUGCGAGCAGGUAUCCCAUCAUCCACCGAUAUCCGCAUUCCAUGCCGACUCGGAAAGCUUCCGAUUCCAUGGUUCGAUUCAUCCGAAGCUGAAGUUUUGGGGCAAAAGUGUCGAGAUACAACCGAAAGGUGUCGUGACAGUCGAGUUCCCAAAGCUCAACGAGGCUUAUUCCUGGAGCAACGUGAACUGCUGCGUACACAACGUGAUCGUUGGCAAGCUGUGGAUCGAGCAGUACGGAAUGAUGGAGGUCGUUAGCCACCAGCACGGCUUGAAGGCCACACUCAACUUUAAACCCUCCGGAUGGAACAACAAAGAUUUGCACCGCGUGGAGGGAUACAUCACUGACCGGAACAAACGCAAAACGCAUUUUCUCUACGGCAAAUGGACGGAGUUCAUCAAGUGUACGGACUACGUUUCGUACGAGGAAUACACCAAGGAAAAUGCUCACAAAUUCAAACGUAACGCGGACGAACGUAGCAAGAGUCCCAACGAAUCGCCGGGAAAUACUCCCCGCAAAGUGCUGUCCAAGCUAAACAGCUUGAAGAUGAGUUCUUUCAAAAGUCUUUCGAUACAAGAGCCGGACGACCCACCGGAACCAUCCGAAGGAGAUAUUCCCAAGAGUGAUUCCACCUAUUCGAUCGAUAUUCCAAACUCCGUCACACUUUGGGAAGCCGAGUCGCGUCCAGCGAACACGGCCGAGUACUACCAAUUCACCAACUUUGCGAUGUCCUUGAACCAGCUGGAGGACCACAUGAAGCAACCGCGUGCACUGUGCCCGACGGACUCCCGUCUUCGGCCCGACAUCAGAAAGCUAGAGCAGGGCGAUAUGGAUGGUGCGGCGGCUGAGAAGACGCGACUUGAAGAAAAACAGCGCGAAAAUCGCAAGAAAAGCAAAAAAGGAGGACAAGAGGAACUGGUGAUCUUUCCCCGCUGGUUCAACCAGACCAUCAAUCCGCACACGAAGCAGGAGGAUUGGAUCUACAAGGGAGGCUAUUGGGAUCGAAACGAUGACAAUCUGGAACUGGAUAUAUUUUAA